AUGCUCUUCAGGAAGCUUCACUUUCUCAGCUGCUGGACCACUCGGCUGACCUGGCGGAUCAUCCUCCCCGAUGUGCUCGUCAACUUGCUUCUUGAGAGUGUCUUCGAGAUUUUUUGUAAUUUGUUCGUGAGCUUGGUGAAACGUCUUCAUUUUCUCAUUCAGGUUAAUUUGACUUGGCACACUACUGCCAUCAGCAACUAUGUCAGCCGCCUUGGUGAUGGCCGUCUGGGCCGCCUGCUUGAUCUGCUCUUCGGCGGCUUGGUGGAAAGAGGUGACGGCUCCGUCAAGCUUGUUGACAGCUUCUUGAAGCUCUUUCUUGACUUUCUUAAAAUUGGCGUCAAGCCUCCCAACCUCACUACUUACAUCAGCCAACCUACUGUCCACGGCUUUGGCGGGGCUAACAUUUGGGUCGGGGCCGGCGAUGCCGGGUUUGGCAGUCGCCGCUUGAAGCUGACCGUCAAGCUCUUCAGUUGUCUUUUCGCUUGA